CCGCGGUGCUCGUCGUUUUGGGCUCGCGUUCGAAUCCUGCGCGCCCGAUAACGCUGUGGAUUCAGGGACAGGUUCCCCCUCUCGUGCGACCAGCCGCACGCUCGCCGACGCGGUCUCUCACUUGAGUACCCAAGUCAUCAGCCAAGGCAGGCACUACAGCCACAGCACCAUGGCCAGCACGGACCCCGAAGACGGCGCCGCCCCGCUCGAAGAACCGCUCCUCGCGCCCGAACCUACAGAGGAAAAGGUCCAAGUCACGACCGAGCUCGCCGACCUCCUCGGCCUAACAGCGGCCUUCUUCGUCUCGUCCGUCUCCUGGGUCGCCAUGAAGUCCACGGACACGGCCAUCCUAGGACAUGUAGGGACACGUUAUUUGGACGCCACGGCUUUGUCCGACUUGUACACCAUGAGCACCGGAGUCUUCGUGCAAGGACGAGUGUUAGGAGUGUUCGUCUCGCAAGCGAUAGGUGCGGACAACAAGAAACUGGCCGGAGCCUGGCUCCAGACCUCCUACGCCGUUCUAUCAUUGGUACUCAUACCAGUCGCGGUCGCGUGGCUCUUCACGGGUCCCGCGUUAAGAUUAUUCGUGAGGAACGACACUCUAGUGAAGGACGCCGCCUACUACGCCACGGUCCUAGCUCUCUGCCUACCCGCAAGAGUGGGCUUCUCGCAGCUGACGCAAUUUUUUUCGGCGCAGAAAAUCAUGCGGCCGUCAUAUGCUACUGCUCCAAUAGCCAUGGUGCUCAAUCUCGUAUUGGGCUUGAUCCUGGUGCUCGGGAUUGGCAUCCCUGAUUGGCGCGGGUUCGGGUUCAAAGCUUGUCCUGUGGUCACCACUUGCGUCGAGUACGUCCAACUGGCCAUCGUCAUUGUCGUUUUUUGUGUCAUAAAGAAGCUCCAUGCGUCCUGCGAACCUGACAACGGAUGGUUUUCCAUGAAAGAAAUCACGUCGGAACGAUUCGUAGCGUACGUAAAGAUGUAUGCCCCAGCAGCUCUGGCCAUCGCGUCGGACUUCUGGCGCAUGACCGCCGUGGGCGCGGUCGCCGCUUCAUUGUCAGAGGACGACUUGGGGGUCUUCAAUGCCUCCUAUCGUAUCAUGUGGAUGGCGCUCACACUAACUGGUUCUUUGGGAGGUGCGAUCGCAACUAAAUUAGGAUUGCGACUGGGUGCUGGUGAUUCAAAGGGUGCGCGGCAGGGCGUGCGGAUCGGUUUAGUGGUGUCCGUCGUGUUAUUAUCAAUAAUCGUGUUGGUGGUGAUCACGAUACCGAGGCAACUCGCGAUGAUUUUCACGAACGAUUCGAAACUGUUAGAUCUGUUCGAGCGGUGCCGCUACGAGUUCGCGGCCGCUUUAUUCAUGAUGAACUUCGCGGUCGUCUGCGAGCGCGUGCCGUUCGGGAUGGGUCGUGCCAAGGCAGUUUUAUAUGCGGGCGCCGUCGGCUCGUGGGUCGGCCAGGUUCCUGCCGUCAUUCUGUGCGUCGAGUUCUGGCGGAAGGACCUGCGGAGCGUCUACACGGGCGUCGCGGCGGGAUAUGCCCUUCUCGUGGUGGUUUUAUUGGGGAUCAUCUUCACCACCGACUGGCGGCAGCAGGCGGCCGACGCGCGCGCGCGGAGCGAGGUGGACGCGCCCGCCGCCGAGGAAGAGGAGGCCGCCCAGUAGUCGUGUGUACACACUUGUUUUUUA